GUGGGGCUCGAACUCACAGACUACUCCCGGAGCAUGACCUGAGCUGAAGUCGCAUGCUUAACGGACUGAGCCACCCAGGCGCCCCUCAGAAGCCCUUCUUCACAUCCUCAUAAGAGUCUUAGUGGCCCCUUCUUUUUUGGACUCUCCCGAGAUGCAAAGAGAGUUUUAGGAGAUGGAAAAAGGAAAGAGGAGAAGGGAGCUAGAAACACAUAUUGAACAGUUGUGUAAGUUUGGGACACUUUGGGUAGACAGGGGGGUAUGGGGUCUCUGGCCUCUGAGAUAGCCACACAACAAGCAGGACUGUGACAGAUCUCCAGAAGAGUCCUGUGAGGGAGACAGCCAGCCGACAGGGGCCACGGAGGGCAGGGCUUCAGGAGGGAACGGCCUCCAGGGGCCCUGCUGACCCAGCAUUGGCUUCAUCCUUAGGGUAAUACCCAGAGAGUCUCAGAACGUGAAACACAGACCAGCUUUGUCAAAAUCACUCAGGGAAGUGUCUAUGAAAAUAGCCUGCCUCCCUGCCUCAGAACCCAAAGGAACAGUCAUGAAUCUCCCUCCACCUUGUCCCAUCUUUAGCCACACUCCCCACAGACCACAGCGCACCCGGCCAACCCAGGGAACAGGGGGUGAAGACAUGGUUUCUGCUAUCUUAUUGUAACUGAGCAGCGUUUCCUGUGCCCCAAGCUUCAUUAGCACAUUGGUGGUGUCAUUUCCUGUGACGACUCUCUGUUUCCAUUCUGGCAAAAUGUUUGCUCUCUUCUGUCUGCUUUGAGGGUUGGGGGAGGAUGGGCUUCUCACAGAGCCUCUCUCUCGGGCCUCUUGGCAGUUCCCCCCUCCUUGCCCCUCAUACUUCCACCAGAAGGCAGAGAGCAUAGCGUCUCCCUGAGCCACGUCGCUUGGGGGACACCAUACCCGGCUGAGCUCUCGCCUCCGGCACUGUAGCCACAUCCAGAUCCAGGAGAAGUGGCAACAUGCACUAGCUGAUGAGAAUUAAGAGAAGGCUUAGAAGGAGAAGCUGAAGCCAGAGAGGUUCCCAUGGCAAUGGAUAUGAUCACCCCAACCCUUUCAGAAAUCAGAGGGGGGACCUCGGAGGCCAGGACUCUGCAGGAAACUGGUGGCAGCCUGGACAGGUGAAUAGGAGCAUUGAUGGGGAAUGAAUUCAUAAAGUUGUCAGAACUCGGAAUCCCCCCAGAAAUCAUCACUUCUAUAUUCCUUCGUGUUUAUUAAUUUACGCACUCAUUCAACAAAUAUUCAUCAUGCCCUUAAAUCCGGCAUUCAGAAGGGACGGUUCCCUUCUCCUGUGUCCAGUGUCCCUCUGUCCAUAGAGAAGACCCUCUCUUCAGCCAAACAGCCUACCCACCUCCGCUUUCCGGCACUCAGCUCCCAUUCCAAGUCCUCGGGCUCCAAUUCCUGUUGAAAGCACCUUCUCCAACCUCCUCAGCCUCCUACAGCUGGCCCUUGGUUUUCCUCACAGACAUAAAGACCACAGCAGUGUCAUCUUUUCUGGGUUUGCGGGCUUCCUCGCCAUCCUCCUCACCACCAUGAUUUUCUACGGCCUGUGGAACUGGAAUAAAUUGAAGAAGCGACAAGUUCCUUACUUCCGAGUUACCGUCAUGCCCUUACUGACUCUGUCUCGACCCAGACAAGGAGCCAAAAAUAUUUAUGACUCCUUGCCCCAGAGGCAAGAAGACCUGGGGAGACGUCAGUCAAGGAGUAACCGUAUUUUCAGUACCGAGAGCCUCCUCUCCAGACAUUCUGAGAGCCCUCCUUCUGAGCAUGUGCCCUCCCAAGCAGGCAAUGUCCUCUGGGUGCACAGAGACCAUUAUCCUGCCAACGGCUAUGCAGUGGGCAUCUAUGACAAUGCCACAGGGCUCCAGAUGCGUGGGGACCUCACUCCCUCAGCACACUAUGUCAAUGUCACAGCAGCCAGAGACUGCCUGAGCAUUUCUUCAGAGGAUUCCAGAGAUUACAUCAAUGUCCCCACGGCGGAACAGAUUGCUGAGACUCUUCUGGCUUCUGCCAACGCCACCCCCACGAACAGUUUUGCCCCCCCAAAUGCUCAGAAGCUGGAGCUUACUGAGGAAAGAGAGCAGGGCUGUGGGAAUGCCAGUGACCACACCGGUUUUUGGUCUCCAAGGUCUGAGAGCGAUGAUCCGCUCAGCGAUGAGGAAAGUUCUUCUGAGACCUCAAAUGACUAUGUCAACAUGGCAGGGUUGAAUCUUGAGGCCAUCCGCGGGAAGCGGCCCUGGAUGGUUUCUCAGUGCUACAGAGAUUAUGAAAAUGUCCCAUCGGCACAUGCCAGUGGAAACCAGCAGCAGGCGGAGGAAGAAGUGACAUCCUCAAACACAGACCAUGUCGAAGGCAGGACAGAUGGUCCAGGGACCCACGUCCAAUUUGUCAUGCAGUCAGGGAGGUUCCUGGCUCUAGGGGAUUAUGUGACCUAUCCGCCAUCUGCACAGGAGACUAGUCAGAUGAAACAUGGAGAAGAGAUGCCAAAUGAGGCCUCGGAUGACUACGAGAAUGUGUUAGCUGCCAAGUUCGGAGACGUGGACCCCAAGGGGCCAGACGCAUAGCUCCUUCCUGAAGAAUUAGGCCCCAGGCACCCAGCUGGAGAGCUAUGGGGUGCCAGAUCCACAGCCACCACAGGGUCUAGUAAAGACCCUUGAACAUCCUUGUAUUUCAGUGGGUUCGCUCAGGUAGAGUAGUACAAAGAGGCCGAGAUACACAGGAGUUAAGGAAGUCACAAAAGCCAAGGUCUGGGAAAGCCAGAAAGGAAUUCUUCUGAAGCAGGGUGCUGUUAUCUCUCAUACCAACCUAAGAAUGUUUGCUGAAACUGCCUUAUAGGAUGGUUAGCAGAUUAAAAAUGCGAUAGUACUUUAGUGCACAGUGGAAACGUGAAGUAGCCUAAAAGCGUUACCUUCACAAAUACCAGCAGGCUGCAAAGCAAGAAUGCAGAUUCGUCUGUAAUCCAGGCAGAGGCCAAAAAGAAGGGACAAGUCAGAGUUGGGGUGGGGCAGCAGCUGCCACUUGAAAAAGAGUGUGGACAACCAAAUGCUAGAGAAAGAUGUGGAACACCAGGAAUUGUCAUUCAUUGCAAAGUAUAGUAUCCACUUUGGAAAGCUAUUGGAUAGUUUCUUAAAAGCACGCAUGUAUUAUACAACCCAGCCAUCCCACUACUAGGCGUUUACCCAAGAGAACUGAAAAUUUGUGUUCAUGCAAAAGCCCAUACGUGACUAUUUAUAGCAGCUUUAUUCAUAAUGCCAAAACUAGAAAUAACUCAGAUGCCCUUCAACAGGUAAAUGGAAAAACGAACUGUGGUAUAUCCACACAACGAGGUUGUCUAUACUCAACAGGAAAAAGGAAUGAACUAUUGGUUCAUGUGACAACAAGGACAAAUCAUAAGUGCAUUUGGCUAAGUGAAAGAUGCUAGACCUAAAAAUCUAUGUAUUGUAUGAUUCCAUUUCUAUGACCUUCUGGAAAAGGCAAAACUAUAUGGAAGGAAAACAGGUCAGUAGUUGUCAGGUUGGGGGAAAGGAGAGAAGUUUACUAUAAAGGAAUUUUUAGGGUAAUGGGGCUAUUCUGUAUUGGUACUGUGGUGAUGGAUACGUGACUCUAUAAAUUUGUCAAAACACAAAAAAAAACUAUACAGAUCAAUGAGUGACUUUUAUUGUAUGUAAUUUUUUUUUUAAUUAACCAUGCUGUCAGGGGAAGCCAUGAUGGAAUGCAGAUUAAGACAAAUAAAACCUAACUGUCUUA